AUGCCGGCUCUGGCUGGUAGCUGCUUCUCAGAUCAGUCAAAUGUUGUGCAAGAAGACUCUUCCGACGACACAGCGUCUAAUAAAGUAUGUCUGGGUGUGCCGCCCCCGGGAGAGUUGUGGGCUUGUCAAGAUCCUAGCAUCUACUUUCCCACAGUCGAGUGUCUGCUCGCAGACAUCAAGACCUGUGGGAUAAUUGGAGCCAAUGGAGCUCAGAGUGUCUUUUACGCCUUUGGUGUGAUCAAAAAGGGCAUCGGUGCCCUUCGAGAUCAACUCACACCAAUGGGCAACGUCUACUACGAUAUUCUGGAUGACAAUUACUGGGAAACAGUGAUGAGCGCGCCUUCGGUCCCCCAAACGGACCCCAAAUCUUCUAGAUUUCGAUGGGAUGUACGCGAGAGAACAGAUCUCCUCAUUGCACGCUCGGCGGAGGCGUUCGCCUUGGCUACAAGCGGUGACGCCAUACUCUACGUCGGCCAGCGAAAGGGCAACGGUGACCUACUCGGCGCCUUUCAGCUUCCACCCGCUACGCAAACAGAUCCCAACAUCUGGCGCACUUAUGAGCUACCAGUGCUGCAGCGCAACACCGCUGUUGCGCGUAUCAUUAGCAUCGACGUUUCCAACAACAAUCAACAAUCUAUUGAACGGGAAAAUGGGCAAUCACCACCAGGACUAGAUAAUCCUUUGCUCCCUGAAGGUUCAGCGAGUGCUAUCCUAGUCCCUCCUGCCCCGUCCCUCCCCCCGGCUGCUGCUCCUGCUAGAUUUCGGAGGUCCAAAAGAGAUGAUGAUGAUACACUACUCGUACAAGUCUCAGCUUGUCCGCCCUCACUGAUCAUCUCAAGCGAUACUGAAAGUUCCACAGCUUCGUCUUCCGCUUCUACAAUCAUCCCUCCGCAAGCCAUACCAUCUUGCGUCUUGCACGACCAGGACCCAGAUCAAGGCAUUACGCAAGCGUACUGUCUCUGCGACAGUAUUGAAACCCUAUCACCUCUUUCAGUAGGGUCCACCGGCCAUCAGAGCGACAGCUGUGCAUAUACGACCCUCCCCGCCACCGCUCAUGAAGCCGUUACAACAUUGGCCUCUACAUACACCCAAAAUUGUCAAGCCUGUACUCAAGUUGGAUUCAACGCACCCAGCUGCACAACUGUCGCGUCAUGUACACCUACCAGUGCACAAGUCACGGUCCAGGCAGGAAGUUCCGCCGUGCACGUCGGUACAUUAACCGGAACAGCCCUAUAUACAUCCGUCUCUAGCGCUCUAGAAAGUCUCUGUCCAACAGUAACUCAGACACAGAGUUUCACGGUCUGUGAGACAGGUAGUAUAACUAUCCCAAAUAUCGAGUACGUGAGCGCGGAUAGCUUAGACACAGGCGGCGAACUCGUGAUCAAAGUUGCCUCAAGCUCCUACAACUCAACUACAUUGCGAAACGCAAUGAUCAAAUCCGCCGCAUUGACAGCGCAAACGGGGUCCGAAAAGCCCAGCUCCUGCUCAAAUCAGACCUAUGUCACCUUCGUCAAGCGCGACAAAUUCAACGACCUUCCACUCUCUCGACUCUUCGGCGGCGGAAAAACUCUUCACGUCCGCGACCACCCGGAACCCGUCACCGAACACACUCUUCUCUGCCACACGGCCUCUUUUGCCGGUGUCGGGUAUUUCUCUCCACAAUGGCGGCAGGCCAAGCUUCCUGGCGCUGAAGCGUACAUUGAUGCAACUUGGGAAUUUCAAGCCGCGGGCGGCGGUGAUUUCUUCUGUGAUUUUAUCGAGGACUUGGAGGUGGGACUGGCUGUCAUUGCGCCGGAGUUUGCGUUUGAGGAUGUUGCGAGUGUCCCAGAGGUACAGGCUUUUUGCGCCGGUACGUUGGAGUGA